GUACUUUAAGUGAUUUGGUUUCGCACGCUACGACGCACGCAUACCGUGAUUUCCUCACGCACGGUUGUUUGAACAUCUCCCAGUCCAUUUUUUUCUAGUCGUUCAGAUUUCCAAAAGUCCGCUCUGUGCAUGUUCCAGUCCUUGUGCACGCGUCUGCGCAGUGUGUGGAGGAGGAACAGUGCGUAAAGUGCGAAGCGCGCAGUCGGACAUGAUGCUCGCGGAGCUCAGAAACGAGCCACCAUGGUGAGGAAAAGACCAAGAGAGCGAGGAUUUCUUUUCAGCGUGAAGCUUAAAAGAUACACAGUGCAUGGGAAAUUCAAAGAUUUUGUUGUACUGGUCUGAGAGAAAUCCACUUAGGACCGCACCAGGAACAGUUUCCUUAUGCUUAUGGAGAAUCUCAGUGAUCUGGAAUACAUGAUGAAGUUCAAGCCCAAUCAGACGCGGACGUACGACGGCGAAGGCUUUAAAAAACGGGCUGCGUGUUUGUGCUUCAAGAACGACCGGGAAGACGAGGUACUUCUUGUGAGCAGCAGCCGGCACCCGGAUCAGUGGAUUGUUCCAGGAGGUGGGAUGGAGCCAGAGGAAGAGCCCGGUGGCACUGCUGUGAGAGAGGUCUAUGAAGAGGCUGGCGUAAGGGGCACACUUGGCAGAUUACUGGGGGUUUUUGAGCAGAACCAAGACAGCAAACAUCGAACGUAUGUGUAUGUGCUUACGGUUACAGAGACACUGGAGGACUGGGAGGACUCUGUUAACAUUGGUCGCAAGAGAAAGUGGUUUAAGAUCGACGAGGCGAUCCGGGUGCUGCAGUGCCAUAAGCCGGUCCAUGCCGAGUACCUACGCAGACUCACACCUCGCUGUGGCUCCACUAAUGGAAACACUCAGGAGCCAACAGGCCAAGGCGAUAACACGCCUCUCCAUCAGAACACCUCACAUGACAGUCUGCCCCGAUUCCACAGAUAGAACUGCCAACAGGGGGCAGCUUUCAGCCACUCAAAAAGGACUGGAAAGGACUACAAGUUUGCAUGCGGCAUUUCUAUUCUUAAUAGUUUUUUUAACGUUGAGAAGCCAAAGGUUUAAAGAUGAAUGUGCCUUUGUGACUCACAAGUUUAGAACAUAGUGCUAAAGAGCUUUUGUGCUAUUUCUUUCCUACAGCCGAACAAAGAUGCGAUAGGCUUGAGCUUUGAAUGAAGGCUAUUGUGCAGAUAGUAGACAUUUGUAGCACCUUUUGAUGGAAUUUUAAAUAACUGAUAAAUUUCAUAUAUGUAUUUUUAGUGUUAUUUAUUCAUAGGUUGCAGUGAUUUAAAGAAAGUUUGACAUGAAGAUUAAGCAUCUUUAGCAAUGGUUAAAAUACUGUGCAAUACCUGAUGUAAAAAUUCACAAUGAAAACUCCCCCCAAAAGGA